UCGGUCGCAGGCAGCAGAAGUCGAGUAGCCCCCGCUACCUCGGCACCCCGCCUCGAGAUAGGUUAUCAAACUAAAGACUGGAGUAGUUCGUGCUACGAUUUUCUUCAGUAUUUUUGGUAAUAACCAUCUCGUAGUCCCCCUUACCCUGGACCUUUUAAGGUAACAACAGACACUGACAUGGGUUUCGCGAACAUGGACCCCGGCCCGGGCAUGGCCGCGCUGCAGGCGUGGGGCGGCCAGGUGGCGGCCUACGGCGCCUCCAACCAGACCGUCGUCGACAAGGUCCUCCCCGACAUGAUCCACAUGAUCGACCCCCACUGGUACCAGUUCCCCCCUAUGAAUCCUCUUUGGCACGGACUUUUGGGUUUCACGAUUGGUGUUCUUGGUUUCGUCUCGAUUACUGGCAAUGGAAUGGUUAUCUACAUCUUCACUUCGACAAAGAGCCUCAAGACCCCAUCGAACCUAUUAGUAGUAAAUCUAGCUUUCUCGGACUUCCUAAUGAUGUGCUGCAUGUCUCCGCCUAUGGUCGUAAAUUGUUAUAACGAAACAUGGGUUUUCGGACCUCUGGCUUGUGAACUGUACGCGUGUGCUGGCUCUCUCUUCGGUUGCGCUUCCAUCUGGACUAUGACCAUGAUCGCCUUCGAUCGGUACAACGUGAUCGUGAAGGGUAUCGCGGCCAAGCCCAUGACCAUUAACGGAGCUCUGCUGCGCAUCCUGGGCAUCUGGCUGUUCUCGCUCGCAUGGACCCUCGCGCCAUUCUUCGGAUGGAACAAGUACGUCCCGGAAGGCAACAUGACCGCGUGCGGCACCGACUACCUGAGCAAGGACUGGUUCAGCCGCAGCUACAUCCUCGUGUACGCCGUCUUCGUCUACUUCAUGCCUCUACUGCUCAUCAUCUACUCGUACUUCUUCAUUGUUCAGGCCGUAGCUGCUCACGAGAAGGGCAUGAGGGAACAGGCCAAGAAGAUGAACGUCGCUUCCCUCCGAUCGUCCGAGGCUGCCAACACCAGCGCUGAGUGCAAAUUGGCAAAGGUUGCUCUGAUGACCAUCUCGCUGUGGUUCAUGGCGUGGACGCCGUACCUGGUGAUCAACUUCACGGGCGUGCUGGACGGGGCCCCACUUACUCCUCUCGCCACCAUCUGGGGAUCGCUCUUCGCCAAGGCUAACGCCGUCUACAACCCUAUUGUAUACGGUAUCAGUCAUCCUAAAUACCGCGCGGAGCUGUACAAGAAGUUCCCGUCGCUGGCGUGCCAGGCGUCGCCCGACGAGUCCGGCUCCGUGGCGUCCGGCACCACCACCGCCACCGAGGAGAAGCCCGCCGCGUAGACCGCCCCUUCCACAGGACAUCACCUCACCGCCACCGACCUCGGCUGCGAACCAUGGGACUCACGAUCUCUGCCAAUGCGAUGCUCUUUAUUAUUUUUAUACUCAAAAAUUUUACUUUUGUACAAAGUUAUAAACCCGAGCACAGAGCGCGUGCUGGAUGCAAAAUAUUCAGUUUUACCACGUCACUUUUGGACGCCUGCAUAUUUUGAGUACACGCUUUGUGUAUCGAGUUGAACGUUGCACACAUUUCUUAUAUCCUAGUCCACCUAGAAAUGGCCAACGGCAUAAAAAAAUACAAAAAAAAAACGUAGUGAUCUCUGCAUGUUGUUAGGCCUCCCUUAGCCCUUAACCUUAAGAGACUGCUCCUCCUAGAUGUAAAACGAUAGAUCAACGAUGAAACAUGCUAUGUAACUUGGACCAAUAAAAUUUAUAUCAAGCAAAGUGGUUUGUGACCGCGUUAA